CAAAAAUUACACAAUGGAUUUUCAUUUAAUUAAUGAUUUUUGUUCCAACACACACACACAUCCACAAUAGUUCAAAUCAAUAAAUCCUUGUAAAGAAUAUAAAUGACACUUAAAUGAAAUAUUUCUUUCCUGGUUGUCCCAGUCAAACUCAAGUUAAGUGUGGUAGUGCUGGUCUAGUGUAGAGCACAAAAUGUAAUAUUCCUCUGUGUCCACAUGAUGUCGCUGUGCAGCUUACAAGCUGGUAUUGAAACCUGCUGUUAACUCUGCUGUGCAUGAAUCAAUGUGCUCUGAAUCAGUUUGAGCUUUUUAGUUCUCUGCAAAUAAAAACAAUCACUUAAUGUCAAAGUGGCCUUCGGCGAGAUACUGAACCAAAUUCCUCCUGAAGGCUGUGCCAUCAGUGUGUCAAUAAGUGCGUUUGACUUCAUGCGGCGUUGCGCUGACUUCACGUAAUACAUGGCAGACUUAACAUAAGGCAUGCUGGUUAGAAAUUGUCCGACUUCAAAACUGCAAAACGUCACUAUGUCACAUGACAUUAAAACAAGGCGGCUGCAGGCGCCGAGUCCGGCGGCCGCAGUUGCUUUUCUCCGGCUGCACAAAGUUGAAACCACACUUUUGCCUGAUCUCGCAGCAUUUUUCUUUGAAAUUGAUCUCAGCUCGCAGUAAGCUCACGCAGGUAGAAUGUGUCCGACUUGACGGCGCCGUUUUAAUUCCCCGCCCCUGCUCUCGUUACCAUCAAGUCGGCGAAAGUCAGCCGCAGACAUCUCGAACGCACAUUUAUGUGAAUGUGUUCAUAACUGCUCUGGUAAGGCAGCACCACCAUGCAGCAUGGAAUGGCGUUUCACAAGCAAAAAGGGUGAAGCAGUGGAGGAAAAUGACGAAUUCCCGAUCGCAUUAAUGUAAAUGAGCUAUUCGACCUUUCCCAACUGUUAAGGCUACUGUGUGACGUUAUUUUUAACUUCAACAUCACACAAAGUUGUUGUCGUUGUCCACCUGCACAGACCUAUUCAGAGUUCUAACUGGAUAUAAAGGAAGCGCUCCAUUAUUGAUAUUUUGUGAAUCAUAUUCAUGGCUCAAGGCAGAUACAUCUUGAGAAAUGUGUCAGGUCAAAGCACUGAAGAGUGUAUUCCUAAUUAUCUGGGGAUUGACUACAGUUAUCAGUCGGACGUGGACUACCUCAGGUGUGCGGACAGCUUCCAAAAGGGCACCACCAUUAAGCGGCUAAGCCUUAAGAGAAGGCCCAGAGUGGCCAUCAAUAAUGUGGAAAAAACACAGAGUGGCAUUUCAUCCAGCCAGUGGUAUUCUGCAGAAUCCUUGUCGUCAUAUAGCAGUGAUAAUACAAGACUACUGGGCAUGUCUUCUACUACCAAAGGUCGACCUCCUCUUCCUCCACCACAUGGUUCCUCAAUGGAUAACAAACCCUCCAGGAAUGAAGGGCCAGCUACCUCUCAGAUACUUAGUGAGUCAAAGCCUCAGCCUGCUGCAAGAUCUCUUGUUUUACAAAGACAAACCCCUGUGCUGGAAAAGACCAUUGUGGAGACCCACAAACAUUUGGACCAGGAGGUGAAGAGCCAGCCUCCACCUCAGCCACAUCCUCGUCGUCGACUGGCCAGUUUUGGAGGGGUAAGCUCCCCUGGGUCACUAUCCCCGUUCACGGGCCUAGGUGCAUAUAAUCAGAACAACAAUGGGAAUAAGCCUAGUGGCACAGGAGGUGAUAUCCAUGUCCAGCUUAGCUCAUCGCUGGGCAGUAGAGGCAGUACUGGAUGCCUUAAGCUAAGCCCACAGAGCUCUGGUAGAACCACCCCAGUUACAACUGUUGGCCCCUUUCACCUGCAGCAUGUCCGUGACCAGAUGGUAGUAGCCCUGCAGAGGCUGAAGGACCUGGAGGAGCAAGUGAAAAUCAUCCCUAUCCUCCAGGUAAAAAUCUCAGUCCUUCAGGAGGAAAAGAGACAUCUGGUCUCUCAGCUCAAGAUCCAGAGUGACAAUAAGGACAUGAAUGAUGUGAUCUGGAAGAGCGCAUAUAGCAUAGAAAGGUCUGACAUUGAGAACAAAGUGAAUACCGAAGAUGGACUUGAGGGCAGAGUGAGAAGUGACUGCACCGACCUCAAGGAGUUCAAGCAACUAGCUGAAGAGAUGCAGACAUUGGAAAGAACCAUCAAGGGAAGGCAUUUGCAAGCGUGGCACGGAAAAGGCCAUAACCAUCUGCAUGACAAGUCUAUGAAGUCAGUUGCAGUUGUAACUGAUAAAGAUAUAGAUAUUACCUUGUCUAAACCAACAAAAGAAAACAAAUAUGUAUACACUGAUAAAGUAGAGACCAGGUCCAUUGCAACAGGAGUGUCUGAAGUUAAUCUUGGAAUUUACACAGAACAGGAAGCAGAGCUUGAUGCACAACAACUAAUAAUUGGUGCCUUGAAUGAGAGAAUUUGUCACUUAGAGGCAGAGUUGAAAGAAUCAGCACUCCAGACAGAGAUGAGUCGUCUGAAACUGGAGCUUCAGGCUGCAGGAGCUAGGAACCGAACUGAUAAAGCCUCCUUUGCUAGGCCAUCCACUGUGAGCACAGGCAUCGAUGCAAGGCCUCACACCAAAAGCCAGGGAGUGGGUAAUCACACAGAGCACCGAGACGCCAGCACAGGGGAGGUUACAGAGGUGAAGACUAUGGGAGUAUCUUGCUGUAGGCCUGAACUGAAGGAUGUUUGCACAGGACCAGAUGUACCCAUGAGCCACUGGGAUGUCAGGGAGCGAGUGGAGACCAUGGAAAAGGGUGUGGGGAUCCAGGUUUUUACAAACACAGAAGGAGUUGGGAUGGAGAUAAAGCUAUGUGAUGCAGAAACCAACACAGAGGUAACAGUGGAGAAUCUGAGGUCUAAUAAAGGAAAGAUUGAGUAUCAUUCGGUGGCUUGUGGGGACUGUUCUGUUGAUGUGAUCAUCUCUGAGGCAAAGGAAAUGGUUUCUCAAGGUAUUGCCACAGUCAGAGGAGUGGAUCUUGGAAUUAUGGCAUCACCUCAGACAGCUUCUCAGCGUACCAACACUGUAUCCAAUUCAGUGUCUCGCUUUACCAAUACCAGACAUGCCUUCAACACAGACUCCAGCACUAAUACUGUCUUAAGUACCCAGGAAAAGCACACCAACACCACUCAGACUGUUACUAGGACAGUGUCAGUAGGCAACAGGGACAGCAAAUGCACCCCAUUGACCCGUACAAUUGGUGUUGGAACUUCAAAUAUGCUAGCGAGUGCCUUAAAACAAACACCAGAAAUAGUCACCAAGGUAACACGAGACACUGGUGUUGGAUUCACUGACAUUAAUGAGAAUUUCCUGGUUGGACUGAAAACCCGAAAUAUGGCCUCUGGACCGUCCCAUCUACCGGACCCCAUCAAGACAAGGAGCAUCGGUGUAGGGGAGGGGAGGAUACGGGAUUUGUCAGUUUCAUCCAGGAAACCUGGCCAGAUGUUCCAGGAAUCUUCACAUUCCCAGUGGGACCCUGAGCUGAACCAUUACAUAGAGAAGAUGCAUAGGCUCCUCGGGGAACAUGGGGACCUGCUCACAGAGGACAACACUCACCAGAAAGAAGGGUUUGUCCAGCAGCACAGUAGCAGAGGAAAUGCCAGCUCCACACUGUCCUGCAACAACAGAGCUGCAGCACAGGCAGAAACAGUCCAUCUUUUAGACUCUCAGCCACCAGUCAGCAGAGAGUUUCAGUCUUCACUUCAACUGUCAGUUGACUCUUCUAAGUGUGACAAAGCAAAGCCCGGAAUCUGCCAACAGGGUGGCAAUGAUUCAGAGGUGAAAAGAAUGAUACUGAUGUUAGAACAACAGGCAUCCUCUGCUCUGCAAGACAGGUCAACUAAUGACAGUGUGCUGCAGUCUGUAAAGAAGAAACAGACUGGUGACCAAGGCUGUAGCAGCAACAGGAAGAGCAUGAAGUUUAUGAGGGUGACCACAGGAUUGGACCCCAUGUCAUCUUAUGCACUCUCUGUUAGUGAUAAGGCAGAGGAAGUAGAAAGGAGAGGAACCAAAAAAUUAAAGGAGGCUUCUCAAGAUGCGAUGCAAGCAAAAAAGGCCAAAGGUGUCUCCAUCAAGGGAUCGAAAGGGUCUGCAAAAUCACACACACAACAGAGGUGCAAGUUAAGUGAAAAGAUGUUUUCUGCUUGUCAAGCCUUAAAGUUGCACCUGAGUGAUGACACAGCUUUAUCCAGCAGGGAAUUGCAAGACUGUCUGCAAACACUCCAGAAAGAGUGGUUCUCUGUGUCCAGCCACAAGUCAGCUGCUCCUGAGACGGUGGAGGAUUACUUGUCUAUGUUUCGGGUCAUUUCUCCCUCAGUAUUGCAACAUAUAGCUAAUAUGGCUGACGGCAAUGGAAACACAGCUCUGCACUACAGUGUGUCUCACUCCAGCUUUGCAAUUGUCAAGAAAUUGCUUGAUGCAGAUGUGUGUAACGUGAAUCAACAGAACAAGGCAGGUUACACAUCUAUCAUGCUGGCUGCACUCGCAGCUGUGGAAAGUCCAGAGGACAUGAGAAUUGUGGAGCAGCUCUUCACAAAGGGAGACGUCAAUGCCAAGGCCAGCCAGGCUGGUCAGACAGCUCUGAUGCUGGCUGUGAGCCAUGGCAGGAUGGACAUGGUGCAGUCCCUCCUGGCACAGGGGGCGCAGGUCAAUCUCCAGGAUGACGAGGGCUCCACGGCACUGAUGUGUGCAAGCGAGCACGGGCAUGCUGACAUUGUUAGACUACUUCUGUCACAGCCAGACUGUGAUGCCACCCUGACUGACAGUGAUGAAAGUACAGCCCUGUCCAUUGCACUGGAGGCAGGACAUAAUGACAUUGCAGUGCUCCUUUACGCACAUGCCAACUUCUCCAAAGGACAGACAGGGGCAGCUGCUCGUCACUGUGGCAACCUCUCUUCCUCUGGUGGUAGAAAUAUUUUUGAAUGAGCUGAUACCCUGAAGUCUGAAUGCUUACUUCUUGAAUCUUCUGAGGUGAUUCAGUUUCACGAAAUAUAACAAAAGGAGGAGAUAUUACAGUGUCAGCUUCAAUCUUAUAGUUGGAUACCGAGUUAUUCUCCAAUGACAAUGAUAUAUUGCAGUGUAGCAUUUGUAUUAUAUUGUGUGUAUUGUAUUGUAACUCAGCAGGUAAUAUAUGCAUGACAGAGUAUAUUACUAUUCACUGUUCAUACAAGAUAAUAGUUAUUGUUGUAUCCUGCAUCCUCCUGUCAUCUAUUAUAGACCAUCACUAAAACGUUUCUUUAACUAUUUUAAUUUGUUUUUUUAUAAAUAUUUAUAAUUGCAAUAUUUUAUAAUUGCAAAAGAGAAUAAGAUACAAUAAAGUACACAGUACAAUAGCAUCAAACUUCAAAAUGUUAGAGCAAAUAUGUAAAUGAAUAAAAUAUAGAUCAUAAAUAUCUACAAGUAGAAGAAAAAUAA